AUGUCGGGACCAAAUCCCUACGGUCCGGGUGCCGGCUACCACGCACCACCUACCAAUGGAUACGCCGAUGAGCCCCAAGCACCACCACACAACAGCUACGACCCGCAUUCAGGCCAUCCCAUCCCGCCAGGCUACGUUCCACCGCAACGCGCUCCACCGUCGGGCGACUACUUCCCGCCCCCACCGCGUCAAGAGUACAAUGAAGACCACUGGGAUGAAGGAGAACCACGUUCAGACUACGACCGCGGCUACGGCAGAGGGCCACCGCGCGGUUAUGGAUACUCAUGCGACGGCUAUGAAGACCGACAAAACGCGUCUUCGGAUCCUUACCCGCAUGACGAGAAUGCUAUAACGCCUUAUGACGAAGAGCGAGCGGAGGCAGAGGACAGGCGUGGGUGGGAAGAGGAGCAGAGGAGGAGGUAUGAGCAGAGACCUCCGCCUCCGCCAAUGACCGACUACGAACCGAGAGACCGAUACUACGAUGAUCGCAGGGACGAUGACCGGUACUACGACAGGCGGGGCGAUUCGAGGGAUCGGUACACGUACUCCGAUGAUCGGUCGUCGCUUGACUACCGCGACAGGCGGGAUGACAGGAGGAGAAGAGAAUCUCGCACUUCCGUAUCGAAGACGGGCAAGGACGUCUUCGGUGGGAAAGAAGGUCAGCGCGGUCUCAGCGCACAAAUACUCGGCGGUGCAAUGGGUGGGCUAGCGGGCCACGAGCUCGGAGGUAGUCUACUGAAGACGCUUGGUGGUGCAGUAGUCGGAGCGAUGGGCGCGAAGGUGCUGGAGAAUGAGCAUGAGAAGCGAAGUACCAGAAUCGCUCCCAGGAAGGAGGGCGCCAUGAAGAACGCUGCGCCUUUCAAGGACGACGCGGUGAAGGACAGGAGAGGCUCUUAUCCGAGCCGGCCGCCGCCGAGGGAGCGUUCGAGGUCGAGGACGAGGUCACGGCGGGGGACGGGCAGGAGGAGGAGUGACAGCGAUUAUUCUAGCGAUCGGGACUAUUCGCCUUCGAGAUACUCGCCUCCACCAUCGAGGAGCCCAGUUAACAUGGCACGUCACAAACAUAAGCAGACCAAAUCCAUGGGUCAAAGCAAGCAUACGUUCUUCCGCGAAGACCUCAACGCAACACUGGAGCAGUUCGACGCAGAUCAAAAGAAAAGUUCUACAUCACUUCUUCUGGAUCUCCCGACCGAGUUGCGCCAGGCUAUACUCAACGGCAUAAUCGACGAUGAUGAGAUCUUGCAUGCAGAUCUUGAGAAGGAGGCUCGGACGCUGAGCGCCAUCUGUACGACUUUCAAGGGGGAUGUCGAAUGGGUGGUCAAGAAGUGGCAACAACGAAAGGAAGCACUUAAACCGGUUCCAAAUGGCGCCUUCGAUGCUUACAUAUCCGAACUCCUGGCACCUCUCGCGUCUGCCGCAGCGGCCGUGACCUCCCGGUACAGAGCGAAGACACAACACCGAGGCAAGGCGUGGCACUCCAAGGCAGAGAGGGAGCGAUACGGAGGAGGUUCGAAACACGAAGCGAUUAGGAAGGAGAGGAAGACACUCUCCAGCAUGCAGGCCCUUUCCGGUCACUCCACUUAUCGGCUGUCCGGCGACGAUACGGCUUGGGCGUCGAAGAAGUGGGCGGUCCAGUCCGCGGCAGAGCUCGAAGGAAUUGAGUUGUGGCGAAAGCUGCGGGAUGAGAAGUUUGAGGGGUUAAAGGAGAGCCACAAAGGAAAAUGGAAAACACUAAGCAAGGCAGCGAGAGAGAAGGCAAAGACGCAGAAGCGGAGGGUGAAGGCAUUGGAGAAAAAGCUGAAAGGUCCUGGUCCUGAAGAACAAGGCACUGCACAGGUGCGAGAACAAGACCGCACAACAGCCUCCACUCGAAAUUGGUGA